UUCUGACAGCUACUUAAAAGCCUGUGUCAGUGACCGUAGUUCGGUUCUGGGCUUGACAUGUUGCAUUGUUUGACCUCGAGCAGACGGCUGCUGUCUCACCGGCAUUGCCUUCUGCAGUGCCGCCGCGUUAAAUCGGAAAACACCGCCAAGAGUGCUGCUCUGGACAGCGUGCUCUCUUCAUUCAGGUCUAUAUGUGGUGAGGACGCCAUCUCAUUGGGUCAGGCUGUCAGAGAGCAACACGGCAAAGAUGAGUCUGUGCACAGAUGUUGUCCCCCAGAUGUGGUGGUGUUUCCUCGUUGCGUGGAGGAGGUAAGCGCCCUGGCCAAGGUCUGCAACAACCACCACCUUCCCAUCAUCCCCUUUGGCACUGGAACUGGCCUGGAGGGAGGGGUCAGUGCAGUCAAGGGUGGUGUGUGCUUCAGUCUGAGGAACAUGGACCAGGUUCUGGAUCUCCACCAGGAGGAUUUUGACGUGACAGUGGAGCCUGGUGUGACUCGGAAGGCCCUCAAUGCCUACCUGCGAGACACUGGCCUGUGGUUUCCUGUUGAUCCUGGGGCCGAUGCAUCUCUGUGUGGAAUGACUGCCACUAGUGCGUCUGGUACCAAUGCAGUGCGCUAUGGAACUAUGAGGGAAAAUGUUGUAAACCUGGAGGUUGUGCUGGCUGAUGGGACCAUCAUACACACAGCUGGGAAGGGCCGACGCCCCAGGAAAACAGCAGCAGGCUACAAUCUCACAAACCUGUUUGUGGGGUCAGAGGGCACCCUGGGAAUCAUCACUAAAACUACCUUGCGCCUAUACAGCAUCCCAGAGGCCAUGUUGUCGGCCGUGUGCUCUUUUCCCUCUGUACAGGCUGCUGUAGACAGCACAGUGCAGAUCUUACAGGCAGGAGUACCCAUCGCUCGCAUCGAGUUUCUGGAUGAUGUGAUGAUUGAUGCGUGCAACAGGUUCAGCUCUCUGUCCUGUCCUGUGACCCCAACUCUGUUCCUGGAGUUCCAUGGCUCGAAGCAAAGCCUCGAGGAACAAGUCAACAUAACCGAGUACAUCACUCAGAGUAAUGCUGGUUCCGAUUUUCAGUGGGCUAGAGAUUCAGAAACAUGGAACAAAUUGUGGAAAGCUCGUCAUGACGCCUGGUACGCUGCUCUGGCUCUGAGACCUGGCUGUAAGGCCUACGCUACAGAUGUGUGUGUCCCUCUGUCUCGCCUGCCUCAAAUCAUUGUGGAGACAAAGGAGGACCUGAUUGAGAACAGACUAACCGGUCCCAUAGCGGGUCACGUGGGUGAUGGUAACUUCCACUGUAUAAUGGUGGUGGACCCCAGUGACCCAGAGGAGCUGCACAGGAUCCACCUCUUCACUGAGAGACUGGCCAGGCGAGCCUUGGCCAUGAAUGGUACAUGUACAGGGGAGCACGGAGUGGGCUUAGGAAAGAGAGCACUAUUGUGUGAAGAGAUGGGACCCAUGGCUCUCCAGGUCAUGCAGACACUCAAGGAUGCCCUCGACCCAAAGAACCUGAUGAAUCCUGGGAAAAUUCUUCAGCCGAGACAACUAUAAAGAUCUUGAGCCUGAGGGGGAGUCACUAAUCACAGAGAAUCUCAUCAUCGCCGUUCAUGGCUUGAUCACAGAUUAAUGUCACAGGAAGUAUUUGCUGUAAAAACAGGACGUCUGGAUGAGACAAACAGGGACAGAUCACUCAAGUGAAAACUGAUAUCAGUACGAAGACAUGUUAUGUAACAUGGGGCAUGUGGGAUUGUACAUAAAUCUGAUGGUUUUAUUGUUAGUGCAUCUGCCUCCUAAUGCACCAUGUGGUCACCAAAGGGACAAUUAAUCCCAAAAUCAAAAAUACAUAUUUUCCCUCUUACCUGUAGUGCUAUUUAUCAACCUAGAUUGUUUUGGGGUGAGUUGCGUUGGAGAUAUUGGUCCUCUCUCCAAUAUAACGGAACUGGAUGGCACUCGUUUUGUGGUGCUCAAAGCAGCAAAAAACAGAUUUAAAAACUCAACAGCAAUGUCUCUUUCCAGAAAUCAUGAUCCAGUUAGGGACUAUUCGUUAUUUAAAAAGGGGGAGGGGAUGGUGCAAAAGGGGAGAGGCAUGGCAAACAAUAUUUUUAAGUGCUGGGGAGAAACUUAGAAUAGCUCUGUUUUGUAUUUAUUUUAUUACCAAUAAAUAAAGAAAACGUGCCUUCUGAACCAGAAACUGUAAAAACAUAAAUUGUCAUUGAAUUUUCAAAUUUCCGAUGGUUCUUGUACACAUCAUGUGUGAUGAAUAUUUCCGGCAGGGGGAAAAAAACAAAACAUUACCAAGUCUGAGUUUAAAAUUGAUUGAUUUUAAUUUCAUUAAAAUCACUUUACGUCUCAUUUAAAAUUUGGCCAAAAAUUAAUUGUUUGCAUGAACUAACAGGCAUGCAUGACAACUGUGAAAAAACGAAGCCUUUUUCCGCUCCAGUAUUUCGUCUUCAACUUUUCACUUUUAACUUUCAGAAAUCAAAGGGUAAGUUUUAAAAAUCUAAUUACUAAUUGAUGGUGAUUGAUGGUCAUGCAUUUUGUCACUUAGGGAGGCUCAAGAAAAAAUAUUUGAGGUCGAAAACAAAACCAAAGUCACACAUAAGCCACCCCUCUCCUCUGAUAAAUAAGGACAGUCCCUUUCUCAAGAUAAUCCACAGACCAUGUGAGCAGUUUAAUGUAGGAACUAUUUUCUUUAUACCAAAAUAAAACCCGCCAUCCAUAUCACAUGCAGAUAAAAGCAUGCAUUUACUCAUGGUGGUCCUGACAGCGUGAAAUGUAAACCAUCCUCCUCAACUGAGCUGUAAUGUUAGCUAGGUCAGUGAGCAAGCAGAUGAGCUGGUGUGAUCUGUCACUUUAAUAAUACCCUCUUUUUCAGGUUGGAAAGCAAUACGUAUCUGAUCUAAGUGAAUCAAGAGCACUUCAUGCUAACACUGUAUGUAUAUAUAAGAACUUGUAUUUAAAUGAGGAUCGCUGCUAAUAAUAAGCGUGUUCCCUUUUAACUGCCAGUAACAAUAGCAAAAUAAACAACCAGUAAUUGAAUCAUUUCAA